UCAAAGGAGCCGUUUCACACCAGCAACAUGAAAGGAGCCGGCAUCACGGACGGGGCGCCCAAGAUGCUCUUGGCCAGGGCCCUUUAUGACAACCACCCCGACUGCGCCUACGAGCUGGCUUUCUGCAGAGGAGACAUCCUGACCAUUCUGGAACAAAACGUGCCGGAAAGCGAGGGCUGGUGGAAGUGUAUGCUCCACGGAAGGCAAGGCCUGGCCCCUGCCAACCGUCUCCAGAUCCUCGUGGAGGCCCCCGCAGACGGGCCCUGCCCCCCUUUCCUGAGAGGCCUGGAAGAUGCUCCCGCCAGCUCCCAGGAGACCUACGAGGUGCCCACCCUGCUCAGCCCCUCCUCUCCAGGCCCCGUGUACGAGCAGAUGAAGAGCUGGGUGGAGGGGCCCCCACCGCCCACAAUCCAAGUCUACGAAGUCCCUGACCCACAGGCCAGCGCCAGAACUGUCUGUGAAAAGACUCUAAGCGUUCCAAAACAGGCCCUCUUCACGAUUCCCAGACCUGCUCAGACCUCGUUGCCAGCUCUGCCUUCCCAGGUGUACGAUGUGCCUGCCCAGAGUCGGUGCCCCCCUGCCCUGAAGGAGCCAGGGAAGCAGCAGCAGCAGUUGUAUGACAUCCCCCCCAGUCCCCAAAAGGCAGCACUCGGUCCCCCGGCCAGCCAGCCAAACGGGCGGAGCGUUCCCCUGACAGCAAGCAUUGCCUUAAGGAGAGGUGGCUGCAACACAUUGCCACGCCCUCAGAAAUCUGAAUGGAUUUAUGACACCCCAGUGUCUCUGGAAAAGGUUGACAUAAGAAACGCAUCUCUAACCAGCUAUGUGGGAAAAUCAGGGCACCGUCCACUCCCCAGGUAUAUGUCCAGUUUCCACAGCCCUCAGAUCAGCAGAGCAAGGACCCUCAGUCCACAACCGCUGAAAAAUGUGCCCAUGCAGAAAAAACUCAGCCUUCCAGAAAUUCCUUCUUAUAGUUUUCCACCACCCAGGGAUGCAUUCCCUUCGGACGAAGAUGUCAGCUACAAGGUCCCUUCAAGCUUUCUGAUCCCCCGUGUGGAACAGCAGAACACCAAGCCAAACAUUUAUGACAUCCCUAAAGCAGUGCCAAGUGUCCCCCAGGCUGGGAGAGAGCUGGGAAAAGCCAACGGGCCUUCAGAGAAUUCCAUGGACCAUAAUUCCUCGUGGUUCUCCAGACGGGAAGCGUCGCUGUCUCCUGAACCAGACAGCUUAUCCAUUUCCAGUUCUGACAGCAGAGCCAGCGUCCUUUCCUCCUGCUCCUCCACGUCCACCGACUCUUCGUCUAGCUCCUUCUCGGAAGAGUCAGCCAAAGAGCUCCCCUUGGACCUGGACUUGGCCAAAGAGAUGGUCACGGCUCUGCAGCACAAGGUGGACAACGCGGUCGCGGGCCUGAUGCUCUAUGUCAGUAGGAAGUGGAGGUUCAGAGACUAUCUGGAGGCCAACAUUGAUGCCAUCCGCAGGGCCGCCGACCGCAUAGAGGAAUCCUUGAGAGAAUUUCUGGAUUUCGCCCGCGGAGUCUGUGGGACCACCUGUAACCUCACCAACGGUAAACUCCAGGACAAAAUUAGGGAUCAGCUGCAGACAAUCUCCAACUCCUAUCAAAUCUUGCUUGAAACAAAGGAAAGUCUGGAGAGCUGCAACUGGUCCCUGCAAGUCCUUGUGACCGACAAAGUCCAAAGCAUCUCAGAUGACCUGGAGAGAUUUGUUCUGGUGGCGCGGAUGGUUCCGGAAGACGUCAAGAGGUUUGCCUCCAUCGUCAUUGCCAAUGGGAGGCUCCUUUUCAAGCCAAACUGUAAAAAGGAAGACCCCGUGCAAUUGACCCCAGAUGCAGAAUUUAAGCUUGCAAAAUCCAUCCAGCUUCCCCAAAGGGAGAUUGAAUCAUACCAAAGGAAUGCUCCUUUUCAUAAACAAAGGGAAACCGAACACCCUUCUGAACUCUUAAAGAAAAAUAGGACGAAUGUUUGUGAACAGAGCCCUGGCUCUCUCAGUCUCCGGCCUCUGCGUCCGCAGCAUCCUGAGAAGAAAGUCCGCCUUUCUGAACACUGCCGCCUCUACUUCGGGGCGCUCUUCAAAGCCAUCCGCGCGUUGCGCCGCAGCCUCGACAACAGCCCGCCCCCCGAGAGCUUCAUCACGCACAGCAAGCUGGUCAUCACUGUGGGGCAGAAGCUGGUGGACACGCUGUGCCAGGAGACCCAGGAGAGGGACGUACGCAACGAGAUCCUGCGGGGCAGCAGCCGCCUGUGCAGCCUGCUCAAGGCCCUGGCGCUGGCCACCAAGCAGGCGGCGCUCCAGCACCCCAGCCCCGCCGCCCUGCGGCAGCUGCAGGCCGAGGCCAAGCAGCUGGAGCAGCUCGCGCAGCAGUUCCGGGCGUCGCUGGAAUGA